GACAUGACAAUGAAGAGGAAUCAACCAGUCCAUGCUCCUUGCAGUCCAAGUGUUUCAGUCAGUGAUACUGAAGUAAUCGCAUUACGUACUGAAAAUGAUCGCCUACGGCGAAAGAAUGAGGAACUUCGUAAGCGUAACUUCAAAAUUUUGGACGAUGUGGCUGGAUUAGAAAAACAGCUUCAGGUCAAAGUUUCAUCUCCGAUUGAGUCGCUGGAACCUAGAAAGCAUAGUUCCAUCCAUGGCUAA